UUAGGGCCACACGAUGAGAGACAUAGGAAGACCACUUUGAAAUGUCCGCUAACCGGCGGGUUCAGGAAACACCAGGCAUGGAUAAGGCCAUGAAACCAAGCUAAAACCCACAAAAAUUACGUCCAAGAAAAAUAAUUGAAAAUAUUGAGUUUCUAUCACCAAAAUCCUCAAUCUUUCAUGAUACCCAGAAAAGUUUAGCCCCCAAAAACCCAACUUUGAGUCGAAGUUGUUCAUGGAGUCUGAGCCAUUAGUGAUUGGCUUCAAUUCCGUGAGGCAUACUCGAAGCAUUAGAAAGAUUUUGAUUUAUCUGCGCCAAAUUCCUCUCUUCUGAAACACAAACUUAUGAGUUAACCACAAAAAAACCCAACUUUAAGUCUGUUCUUAAACUUUGAGAGGUACCCUUUGUGAUUAGCUUGUGUUUUCCGAGCCAAAGUGAGAAAGUGAGCAAAAGGGUAGUUUAGUUUUGGAGGCUGCAUGAGUGGGCAAGAACCCAACUGGUGUUUGAAGCCUUGGAGCCUGAAGCAACAGAAGCAAUGGCUUUGGGUUGUGGUUGCACUGUCCCUCUCUCACAAUAUUCUCUCUCCUUCAAGUCCUUCAAUUUAUUCUCAGCUUGCCAAGCUUCGUUUCCAUCGGCGCCGCCACGGCCUUCCUCUCGAAUUUGUUAUCGCAUCGCUUCUCGCCGAUGGUUGAAUUUGAACCACAUAUCUGUGGGUUCUCGUAGAUUCAAUGGUUUUAGUUCAAGGUGUUCAAUAACCAACACCGACAUACUCUUCAGCCAUGUGGCUACUGAGAAUGAGGUCCAGGAGGAAACAUCAGCUGCAGAGCCUGAUUGCUCGGUCUCAAUUGUCAAUCUUAAUUCUGAUAUGCUUGAGACUGAAUCUUUGAGUUUACUAACUGAAGACACUUAUGUAGAUAGUCUCCUGACGACACUGCCCGUUUUAUCAAAAGAGGAGCAGCAUACCCUUGCAGCUACUCCGGCCCAUCCAAUGGGAUUAUAUGCUUUGUAUGCUAGUUGUCUAGCUGGGAAUUUAGUGGAGCAACUUUGGAAUUUUGCUUGGCCCUCUGCUAUCGCAUUGAUAUAUCCAAGCCUUCUACCAGUAGCAUUCAUUGGUUUCUUUAGUAAGCUUGCAAUAAUUGCUGGGGGGCCUUUAGUUGGCACACUUAUGGAUCAUUUUCCCAGAGUACCUGCGUAUAACUGUCUUAAUAUUAUCCAGGCAACUGCUCAGUUGUUAUCUGCAGCAAUGAUAAUUCAUGCACAUUCUGUUCCUCUCUCUGUGUCAUCCCUCCUUCUCCGCCCUUGGUUCAUUGUACUUGUGCUAGCUGGGGCUGUAGAGAGGCUAUCUGGUGUAGCAUUGGGGGUUGCUAUGGAGCGUGAUUGGGUGGUGCUGUUGGCAGGAGUUAACAGGCCUAUUGCGCUUGCACAAGCAAAUGCCAUUCUUAAUCGAAUUGAUCUUCUCUGUGAGAUAGCUGGAGCAUCACUAUUUGGCAUUCUUCUCUCUAAGUAUGACCCGGUAACAUGCUUGAAGUUUGCCGGAGGUUUAAUGGUGUGGUCGUUGCCUUUUGCAAUUGUUCUCACGUGCUUAACCAACAAGCUUUCUAGUGGGGUUCUUGACCGCCCUAAAUGUUCACAAACCUGUUGUAAAGCAUCCACUGAAGGACCCCUGAUUGAUACCAACGAUAUAUUGGAUAAAGGUGUGGCAGCUAUUAAACUUGGAUGGAAGGAAUACAUGCAGCAACCAGUUCUUCCUGCAAGCCUAGCCUAUGUGUUGCUUUAUUUUAAUGUUGUACUCACUCCAGGCAGUUUGAUGACAGCAUAUCUAACACAAAGUGGUUUAAAUCCAUCUAUCAUUGGGGGUUUUAGUGGACUAUGUGCUUUUAUGGGUGUUGCAGCAACGUUUGUGUCUUCAUGCCUGGUCAGGCGGCUUGGCAUUUUGAAGGCAGGAGCAGCUGGUUUAAUAUUUCAGGCUUCACUUCUCACUGCAGCUGUUGCUGUUUAUUGUACUAGAUCUUCCUCCCAGCAGAGCCCCCUUCUUUUCUUCCUGUGUUUGAUUUUCAGAAACAAGAUGUGGGGUUGGAAGAUUGGCUUCAGCUGUGGUUGUGAUUGGGAUGACAGUUGGGUAUGAGCAGCUCAAAAAAUCAUAUUAUUGAUUUGAUUGGACAAUGGGACUUAUGACAUUAUGUUGGAUUCAAAAGCAUGCGGAAAAGUUGGAUGCCCCUGCAUCACCCACAUUGUACUCGUUUACCAAACAUAAAACACAGUUGAUGGGCUUUUUUCCAUGCUUUUCUUACAUUUAAUUGUAUCCUUUAUUUUCAUCGAGCUCUGAUGAACGGCUACCUUUUGCAUGCAGGUAUUAUCAAGGCUGGGACACAUGUCCUACGAUGUGGUGGCGGUACAGAUUCUUCAAACUGGGAUACCAUCGUCCAAAGCAAAUAUUAUUGGGACAACAGAAGUUGCUGUUGCUAGCCUGGCAGAGUUUACAAUGUUAGGAGUUGCAAUAGUUGUCAAUGAUGUUUCACAUUUCGGCUCUCUAGCCGUGCUGUCACUCCUA